AUGCCACUGGCUAGGGGCAGUACAUGUCAAAGAUAUGGCAAGAGCUCAAGUCUUGCUGUACAUAGUACAGAGUAUGCAGCAGCUACAGUCAAUGAGUUGCAUGCAGAAUUGAAGGACAAACUAGCUAGCAUAUAUGAUGUGAAAGAUCCAAAUUCUAUCUUUGUCUUCAAGUUCCGUACUCACUUUGGAGGAGGUAAAUCUAUUGAAUUCGGUUUGAUUUAUGAUUCUGUUGAUAACGCAAAGAAGUUUGAACCAAAGUACAGCCUGAUAAGGAAUGGAUUGGCUACCAAGAUUGAGAAGUCCAGAAAACAAAUGAAAGAAAGGAAGAACAUAGCUAAGAAGAUCAGUGGUGUUAAGAAGACCAAGGCUGCUGAAGCUGGAAAGAAGAAAUGA